AUGGAUGUAGCUUAUGACCACAUACAAGAAGAAGCCUUAACUCCCGAUCAGAAACGCGACGCCGAUUCAGGCAACAGUCAGACACAAUCCAACCUCAACGCCGAGUUCUCCGAAGCCUUCAAGGCUGUGUCAGCUUCACCAUGGGGCGCAAGGCUAGGAGGAUGGUUCUCACAGGCGCGGAAGCAAGGAGAAACCUUCGUGCAAGAUCUACAAAAGGAAGCCACGGAAGCAUCAGAACAAGCAACGAAGGGGCUUAGCAGUCUGAGGGAACAGGUCGUGCAAAGGACAAGAGGCAUGACACUGAAUGCCGAGGCUGGUCCUGAAGCUCAAAUACCGGGCGAAGAGGCAGUUCCCAAGAUCACGACCACAGGCGCGGAGCGAGAAGCGAAAGAUGAUGAUGGUGCAACGAAGCCAGAGAGCCUACCGGCUGAUAUUGUGAAGGAAGCUGGAAGCUUGGUUGCGAGUCUGAGAGCAACUGCUGUGAGCAGGCUAAAAGACUUGCAAAAGGCAGAAGAUGCGGCGGACGAAGCAUUGCUGAAAUUCGGCAGCAAUGUUAGGAACUUCCUUCGAGAUGCGGUCACCAUCUCGGCGCCGGACGACGAUGAGAUUAAGGCCGGUAGCGAAGUAUUGUUCGAGACACAGGAGCCAGGCACGGGCAAGAAGAUUUUCCAUACGACACGACUAGACGCACAACUGCACGCUAUCCACACCACCGCGAGCUCUUUCACGGAAGAUCCGGAAGGCGAGGAGUGGAAGACGUGGGAGCAGGACUUCGAUGCUGAGAAGAAGACCGAAGCUAUAGCUACAGAUCUAGAGCAGUACGAGGAGCUCAGGCGUGCCAUGGAGAAGCUUGUUCCAGAGAAGGUCGAGUACAAGACUUUCUGGAGCAGAUACUAUUUCUUGCGGAAAGCUGUGGAAGAGGACGAGAAGAAGAGGAAGGAGGUGCUGAAGGGUGCCACAGCAGACACUGAAGAGGAGGUGGCAUGGGACGACGACGAUGAAGAAGAGUCGUCCACACCGCAGCCACCUCAUGCGACCAACAGCAAAGCUUCGGAAUCGACAACCACCCUGAACGCUCCAGCUCCCGCCACGACCGCCCACCUUAAGCCUAAUGAGCCCCGACGAAGCGACGACGAGAAUAAGAGUGUCGCCGAUUCGGAUGCCAGCUACGAUGUGGUCUCUGGUGCUACUAGUCGUGCGCAGGGAAGUCCAAAGGAGGCUGCGAAGAAGGACGACGAGAGCGACGAUGAUUGGGAGUGA